UUCGAUCCAAUCUCGGAGUCUGCGAAAGGCUUGGCAAAUUUGCUAGAGGAAGAAAAGAUGGGGAUGAUGCACUAUGCAUCAGAUAACAAAAGCGAGACUGCAUCCUCAGUAACAUUGUCACUGAUGUCACUGGGUCUACAGUGUGGUUGGCCGCCAUCGGAUAUUCCAAAUGGCGCAGCUUCUCCGUCGACGAAAAAUUCAGCUGAAACGGACAUUACUGUGGCUGCUGCCGCUGACUUUUCGGCACCGGAUACGAACAAUUAUCCGUACACGAAUGCGGACUAUUUCCCCCAACCGAUUGUCCAUCCUUCAUCUCCACCGGCACCAGCCCAAGUGUACACUCAGCAGCCCUCUUCAGCAUUCCGUACUAACCAGUAUUCACCACAGCAGUAUUUUGUCCCAUCCGCUGUCCCUCCUCCUCCUCCGCCGCCACUUUCUAAACCACAAAUGGCUCGCGUUAACAGCUUCCCAAGUCCUCGCAUCACUAUGUGCUAUAAUUCAGGACAGCAGCGAGCACCAUAUGUUAAUACACAGUUUGUGCCAAACCUUCCUCCAGCAGCCGCGGCACCGACGCAGGUUGACAGUUCGCGGUUACGUGAAUGGCAAGAAGGCUUUAGAGCGCUGCUUCCAAACGUCAAUGUUCGUUUCGCCCCCAACCUAACACUUCCAGGCUACGCAUCGUCAAAUCUGACACCCUCAAUGGAGUUGUCGCAUCCAAACCAGUUCCCGUCAGCUUUAACUUAUGAUCAGGCAGUACCCAUACCAGCUCAACACGCAAGUCCCAUGAACAUAUCGGCACCAAUGGCAAUUCCACCACCGCUACCAUCUGCAAAUUCAUUUUCGCAUCCAGCGCCACCACCGUGGAUGAUGCCGCCGCCUGGUUUCUCUUAUGUCUCUAAGAGAUGA